AUGGUGGCACAUUCGGUUAUAAUCCGUGUUAACGUCACACAAUAUGGUAUUGAUGGUUCAGUAAAGUUAGGAACUCUGCGUUACCUUAGACUCCGUGCUCUCCCCAAAUACCUUAUGAUGCAAGGUGCAUGUAUCCACAUCAACGCCGAGCAACCCCCCCCCCCCUCUCAACCUAGUUUGCAGGCAAAUAAUCUGGGCUGCGAGGGAAAACAUCGCAGCCUCAUGAGGAUGUCGGGUACAGAAUCGACUGAAGCACUGCUGGGCUCUUCCGUAACCCAAUUCGAGCAGCCGAGCUCUGGAUGCCCAGCACCUGGAGGCAUUCGUCAUCCAUCCAAAGGAACUAUCCCUGUCGCUCCGUGGAAUGCGCAGAAGCAUCGUCACGCAGUGGUAAUACUGCCAAAUAGUCUCUUGAUCAUGGGCCACGAGGUGUCAUGGCAAGACACAGCAAACAAUUGUCCCACGUAUCGUGUCAUGGUGUUGGUCCAGUGGAACCUGGCGACGAGUUUCCCAUAUCAAAAUCGAUUCGUCGCUUUCGUUUCUGCCUGUUGGGAGAAUCACAAAUCCUGA